CCUGUGAAUAAUCCGCGACAAAAUUACUUACAGACAGGUUUAAGUAAAGGUGCGACGGAAAAAAUAGGGGAUGGUUACUUUGGAUUGUUUUCAUGACACAAUAAAUCUAUGAAAGGAGUGCUUGCACAAAUCAAGAUGUUAGCGUCGUGAGAGGUUGGGUUUCGCUCAAUAUUUACCACAUUCGAAGAUGUCUUUGAGCUCUUUCGGAGGCGUGUUAGUGGAUACACCAAGUGAUUUAGCAGUGCAGUCCUUACUGGCCAGCCACACCAACUUGUUGUCUCAAACUUCCUUUUUGCCAGGCCCAACAACUGAGAUAACUCUCGAUGAGGAUGAUGUUUUCCAAUGUGGCCGCUGCAAAAGGGUAUUCACAUCAUUCCAUCAGUUUAUGUUACACAAGCAAGAGCAUCAGAUAGCUGUGUCUACUCCAGAAAGGAUUGAUGAGUCUUUAACAUUUGAUUUAAACUCAGAUUUGACCAGUGCUGUGACAGAUGCAGUACACACUGAGUCUGAUUCAUGCCUGCCCAGCACUAACUUGUUGAAGGAAACAUGCUGUGAGCAAUUCAUAUUGCCAGGAAGUCUUCAUAUUAAUGAGGGCAGGAAUACCAAUAAUGUUUUAGAUUAUCAAACCCUGAAUACUUCAACUUUUGAGGGCAUAUCUGGGGGUAAUGAUCAAUCUUUGAUGCUCAGUGAAACCAAUACUUUAAAUUUUCCCAUAGAGCAGAACAUUUUGAAUCUUGACAAUUCGGAUCAGCUUUCAAGUGGCGGUUAUGUAUCAGACACUAUCUCUGGCCUUGACUCCUCACUGAUUUCUCAUAAGCUUCUGCAUAAUGAAGACUGUUCAUCUUGCACCAAUGUUUGGAUGCAAACUCACAAAAAUGAAACUACUAGCAACACCUUUCUUAACUCUGGAUUCUCAAAUGAGCAGAAUUUUUUUAUUGAAGACUGCGGUAAGACUUUAUCAUCCUCCAUAAAUUUCAACAAUAACGGCCUUUUAACUGAGGUAUCGUAUUCCGAUGAGAAACAAAUGUACCUGAAUGAAAAUUCAAGCUCAGAAGGACCUGGAGUUGAAAGAAGUUUGUCAGAAACGGAAGAAAUGCUGUUGCAAACAAGUAAAGAUUAUCUUAGCAGUUGUGAACUUCUGGAAGAGUUGGAGAAAAAUAACCAACAUCAGAUAUUAGAUGACACAAAUCUUGAAACAACCAAUGUGAUGGGAAUUGAUGUGUCGCUUAUUGCCAAUUCCGUUGUUGAAGCUUCUCUUGCCGAGAAUGGAGGCCUUCAAUCUGAAGUGUCUUCUCUUGUUCCUAUACUCAACCAUCAAGUUCAAGACAAUUGUAGUAUUCUUACAACUGACUGCCAUGUAUUUCAAUCAGACUGCACAGCUCUUGAAGAUGAUUGUAAUCUUCAGGUUAGGGAUGACUGUAUUCCAUCCAAACAGAGCUGUGUGAAUCUGCACAUCGAGUGUAAUGAUCAAAAACAUACUUGCAGUCCGUUGCAUGCCGAGUGUGAAUUGUUGGGUGAACACUGUAGUGCUCUAGGGGAAUGCAAUUUGGCUACAGUUCAUGAUAAUUCAGGACAGAAAGCUGCUGUAGUGGAAGAAUGCAGUUCAAUCACAUCUCUGAAAAAUCAUCAAAAAUUUAAAACUCAAAAGCUUUCUUUGAGUGGAGGUGUUGAUGGUUGUAGUGUUGGUUCAAUCAAACCAACCCAUCAAGCUCUAGUCAAACAAAACAGUACAUCAAUUAAGGAUCGAAGCUCUGAAAAUAGCACUCUAAAACUGAACAGUGGGGUAGUGGAUCAGGAGUGUCAAACUGUAGAUCUUGAUUGUGAAACAGAGGAGCAGAACUGCCACACCCUAGUUCUAGCCGGUGUAAAGCAAGAUGGCAUUUAUAGACAUGACCAAGGAACCAGUACUGAUGAUUUGGUUAGUGAUAGCCAAGUCAGCAAAAACAAGACAAAUUUAGACUCCAAACAGGUCCACUCAUUUGCCCUAGAAAAAGCAAGGCAUUCUCUCAGUGGAAGCGAUGAUAUGGACAGUCAGUUUAUUCUUUCUCGAGACAUGGAAUCCAAUUUUAAUGAAAGCAUUUCUAAUUUCAGUUCUAGUGAUUCAUACUGUAAACAAGAUCUGCAGAAAAUUGUUCCUUCCACUAGGAAUGAAACAGGCAUUGUUGAUGAAACUCUAUCUUGUGCAUCAGAGGCAAGCUCUCUUAUCAGGGCUCCAAUCACUCAGGAUAAAAUUGAAAAGAGUACAGGUGACUGUGUAGAUAUGAGCUGCAAAGAAAGCGGAGAUUCGGAGGAUUCUGUAUUUCAAAUGGAUCUCUGUGCCAUUAAGCAUGAUAACUCUAUGUUCUUCAAGGAAGCUGUCAGCAGCGAGGUGAAAGAAACUGAUACAGAGUGUCUCAAUAUCUGUAAUGAAUCUUCCAUGAUUCUUGGUCAGCUUGAAUAUGGAAUCUCUGUAAGUGAAUUUAGUGCUACAGUUAAGGCUGGUAGCACCCUUGGUAAUUUAUCUUUUAAAGAACAAAUUUGUGGCAGAGUUCGAGAUGCUCAUGUCAUUAAGAUUGGCAGAGAUGGUUUGGGGGGUGAAUGCAGUCAGCACAAAAAUACUUCCAAAAAUAACAAUAGUCAUGGUGUAUGGUUUUCCAGCCUUGAUCACGAUUAUGACCUGGUCAACAGGAGUUGUGAUGUCAAUGUUGAUGACAAUGUAGAAUCUGAUCAGAAAGAACUAAAUUCUGAAUCAAAAAACAAUGAAAAUCCCCAAACUGUUCAAACAGACAAGCUUUUCAAGAAUGUCAUUGAAUGUUGUGAUAAAUCUGCAGAGCAAAUUGAGGCAGAAAGAAGUAUUAUUGACUUGGCUGCCAAGCUUAAUAAUGCUAAAAUUGAAGCAAACUGCAUCAAGAAUUUUGAAGAUAGCAUCUCAGUACUUCCCUGUGAAAUGUCUAAUCCAUGCAAUGUCUUAACAGACCACAAGUAUAAUUCCGAUGCUUUGCAUCCAACUGAGCUUUACAGCAGUAUUGUUGAUGGAGGCAACGUUUACACAGAAGUUGAUUCUGAUUCAAUUCAAUCUGACCCAAAAGCCUACAAUGUAGGUGACACACUUAUUGAGUUAGAUUCAGACUCAACCCAAGCUGGUGUUAUUUUUAUUGAUGUUAGCAAGGAUCAAAUCACUCAUAGUGGCACAGAAGACUUUGAUAUUGACUGUACCACUAAGAAAACAAGUUCAACAGACAAAAGUGACCUUGACUUGAUAGAACAUUACAAUAUUCCUCAAGAACAAUUUUGCAUUUCUGUAUUGAACUGUGAUAAAGAUGAGAGAAAGAAUUUGAUUGACGAUAAAAGGAUUUUGGACACUGUCUGCAACACAGGACAGGAUUUUGUUGAUUCCGUGUCAGUUGUCUACUCCACUUAUGAAGAGGAGAGUACAACUUUUAACAAACUCUGGAGCAAUGAAAUUAAGCUACGUAAUGAAAACUAUCAGACAGAGAGUCACUUAAGUUCAGAAAGGGAGUCCUGUGAUAAGUCUAACUGUGACGUUGAUUAUUCUUUGUCAAGGAAGCGCAAGGGUGGUAAGACAACAUGUAAGCAAGAUCUCUCUAAAUGCCAGAGACUAGUAACUCCAGGUGGUACUUCUUGCAGUAAAUCAUGCACUUUUGAUCUUUGUGGCUCAGUGAAGAAAUCUUGUUCUCCUUCUCAACCCACAAUAAGGGGUCCUAGAUCUUCUCAACCAAAUAUACUGAAAAAGUCUCCCAAGAAGUUGCAACCGCUGACUGACAAAAAUACUUUUGCUCAUAGCUCUGAUAGUGAAAUGUGGAUCCAAGAAGUUUUGCUAGGAGAAGUUAAAUCUAAAACUCCUAGUUCCUCUCAGCGCUCACCAGUGUCUACAUCUUCAGUUCUUAAGGGUGAAGACAGCUUCGAAGAGCUGUCAGAUCAAGAAAAUGCAUUGGUUACUAAGACCCUUAGUCAGAGAGAAGAAAAGGAGUUAACUCAUAACACAUUUUCUGCAAUAGAUGAAGAUAGCUUUGAUCUAGAAAAAGCAAUUGUAUCAGCUCAAAUGGCUAAAACCAUGAACACUUCCAAAAUUACAAAACCUUCAACAAACAUUACUAACCUUAUGGAGCUUUCAGAGGACAAUCGGUCAAUUUGCAAAAAGGGAGCUAACGAGAUUUUUAGUUUAUCUCUAUCAGCUGAAUCAUCUGCAAAAUCAAGCAUUAAAAAAAUUAAGAAAUCACGAGAAAGUGUAUUUGAACCUCGUCCUCCUAAGUUAACAUGUGAAUACUGCAACAAGCAGUUUGCCAAGCUGUUUGAUUUAAGACAACAUCAGCGGAGUCACACUGGUGAAAAACCUUUCCAGUGUAGUGCAUGUGGCAAAUCCUUUGCCCAAAAGUCUAACUUAAAGAAGCAUAUUCGGACUCACAAGGUCUGGCCUGAAAUAGUUUCUACACUUCCUGAAAAUGUGAUAGAAAAGGUACACACAGUAAACAAAGUUGCGGAGGAACCUGAUGCUGUUACUAAAGUAAUGUCUCCAGAAGAUUCAAAUACAAUUCAGACUAAUGGGAAAUCGCAAUCUGCAUGUGCCAGAGCGACACCUUACAAAAGAAAAGAAGAAUUAAUAGUGAAUAAUUCUUAUUUCUGCCAGUUUUGUGGCAUCUCAUUUGUCACUUAUUCUGAGUUCAAAACUCAUCUCAAAAGUCAUAAAGAUGAGAAGGUGUACUUCUGCAGUCAGGAUGAUUGCAAAAAAACUUUUCCUGAUUUUGAGUCAUAUGUUAUUCAUGUGCGCCAGCAUGAGCCACUGAAGACAUCUUAUCCUUGCCAUAUUUGUCAUGAAACAUUCAGUAGUCCACCAGAUUUGAAAGAUCAUCAGAAAAGACACGUUCACAAUUCUACAUCUAGGCGGUAUCUUGUUAAGUGUCCUAAAUGCAGGAGUAGAUUUUUGUCCCAAGAGGCAUUAGAUAAUCAUUUAAGGACAGUUACUCAUGACCUGCCUUGUCCUGAAUGCCAGACUAUUUUUUCUUGCGAACGUAGUCUUCGACGCCAUCUUGCAAUUCAUAGUACGGCUCUCCCAUUUGGUUGCGAUGUAUGUGGCAAGAGAUUUAAGACAGCAGUGUAUCUUAAUAGUCAUUCAGUUAUGCAUCAAGAGGAUAAGCCAUUUGCAUGCCCGCAAUGUCCGUCAAAGUUUGCUAAGAAAGAUAGGCUGUCUCGACAUUUAUUGAUACAUGCUGAGCGGCUGAAGUGCCCUUUUCACACACAUUUGUCAUGUGCAAGGGAGUUCACACGUCCUGAUAAAUUGAAGCUGCAUGUUUUGGCUCACUCAGAACAUGAGACAAGUGAUUGUCUCUUCUGCAGAAAACAACGAAUCAAAUUUUCGGCAAAAAAGGGCUAUCAUAAUGUUUAUCAUCAAAAUGCUAACAUAAAAAGCCAAGGAGACGUAGGAGAGGAGUUAUCAAGAGAAAGCACCUCUCCCCUGAACAAAAACAAAAAUCAGGAAAAAGAAUGUGAAGAAAACAUUUUUGUUGGGUCUUUAGUCAAUACUUCACUUGAGCCACGUUUUAUGAGUAAUGUGGUGAAAACAUCCUCAAGUCUCAAUCAUAAUGGAAACAUAAUGUUAAAAAUGUUGCAAAAUAAGCGCUCUUUUGAUAUUACUGACAAAUUGAGCUGUGAAAAUAUUGAGACUAAUACCUUUAAUUUUGACCAUAUUGUGUAUGAUAGUCUUGCAAGAAAUAAGAAUGUUCCAACUAUUGGAAUAAUUGUAAUGCCCCUGUCUCUCAAUGGAAACAAGGAACAAAUUGUUGUAAGUAGUGAUGAAAAUUCUGUUUUAGCCAGUGAUGAACCCGUAGAUUAUCAACUUUUGUUUUCGGAGAGUAACUCCUCAUAUCCUGUGGACUUGUUGACUGGCUCUGAGGCCUUGUUGCCUGAAGUAGACUGUGAUAAGGAAGGGAUGGGGGGCAUCACCUUGCUCAGUACGGACCAAGAUGUGGCCGUCGUCUCUGCCCCAGCUGAUUUGUAAUUUUUGUGAUAUCUACUGUAUUUUAAAUGCAGUAUUCUUGCUCUAAGCCAUCUUAUUUGAUAUUCCACUUACUUUUCUAUUUUAGUGGGUUGCCGAAUUAAUGUGUGGGUAGUAUAACACUAGUAUAUAUAUUAUAUAUAUAGAUAUAAUUUAUCUCCCUGUCAUGAUUUGUGGUUUCAAACUUCGUACCUUAGUGGAUGUAAUGUAAACUGUCUGAGCCGCUACUUUGUCCAGAUUUAUAUUCUCACUUUAUUUUUGAGUCUUUGUCUACUGCUGUACUGUGGCCUUUCACAUGAUGUGAUUGGGUUUUCUCUGGCAGUAUUACUGAAUUUUGUUUAAUAGUUUUUAGUGCUGGUUAUGCUGCUUUUGAUUUAUUGCCAUGACCAAUGGUUAAGGUUACAUUUAAAAGUUGUGUAUAAGCAACAACAAAGUUACAGUUGUAAUAUUUAAGUAGAAUGCUGUGCCACCUUUUUAUUAAAUUGUCACUAUACUUGCUCAUAAGUGCAUGCUGGAUUUUGCAACUGUACCCAAACUUAAGGAAGAGGUAUUUAUGUCUGCAACUUCACACUGCCGAUAUCUUUAGACUUGUCAAGUGCCGUACUUAAUAUAAUUAAUCCCUUAGUCAUGUCCUUAUAUUCUGGUCAUAUAUUUCUUCUUUACAUCUUGUUUCAUAAGGGCUGGGCUGUUUAACUUUUUCUCACAUCUUAUCUUAAGGGUAACCGAAGAGAGACUAAAAUUUGUUACUGUAUUAUGCUUUAUUGUGUGGUCUGGUGGUAGUUGUAGCUCACUUCAGCUUAUUUCUACCAUGUCUCACUUAGCAUCACUUACCCAAUGUCAAUCUUCCACAUCAUUUUAGUACAUUGAUUUUAUUGACUUGUUAUUAUUUUUCUUGUUUAUUGUUUUUGGAUGUGAAGCUGUAAGUGGGCCUAAAUUGAGAUUUCUCAAGCAUGGCAAACAUUUAAAAAAUGUUUUGUCUGUUAAUUUUUGAACAAACAUUCUUAGUCAGAACUUUUUUCUUCUAGUAUAUAAAUUGUUUCUAAAGUAUGCCAUAGGCAUUACUUGACUGCCCUAGUAAUGAGCUUAGACAAUGUUCACAUAGUGCCUGAAGUUUGUGUUACUGUAAGGUGCAAUAAUUAUUAAGAUUUAUUUUAAUUUUAAUAGAGUUCUUUGAAGUCUACACUAUUAUAUACAAUUGCCUUUUUUGCAUUGUGGCAAAUCUUGGCAAACCUCACUUCCAGAGAUUCACUUGGUACUCAGAGGUGCCGAAUUAGUCAGUUUUGUUACUAAUUCUUUUCUAGGGAACAUUUGUUUUGGGAUGAAGACUGUAUUAUUAUUACGUUCAGGUGUUGUGACACAUUUUCCUUUUUAGCAGGAGGUGUGAUAUUUUAUUGUUAGUAGUAAAAAUUAGUGGGCCUGUAUUGUUCCAGGACAGUAUUUAUUGUAAGAGCACCGCCAUGUGUUUUAGUGAUUAAUCAAUCAAGGUUCUUCUUUUGUAUUUUGCAUGUUUGCAAUAGUUCCUUUUUAUUUUCAUAAACCAAAUAUUUUACUUCUUUGUUAUGACCCAAGUGUUGAUGCAUAAAUGCUGUGUAUUGUUGAUGUUAUAUGUUUCUCACAUUAUUUUAUAAGUAUUUAUCAACUAAGGAAAGGAUACUUGCUAAUUCAAUUGUGAUGCAUUUACUAAUGUCAUUUUGGUGUGCAAUGAAAAUUUAUUUUGUUCUCUUUUGGUUUUGUGCCAAACCAAUAAAUACUUUAUGGAAAUAUGGAAA